CUGGUUCUGGUGGUGAGGGUAUCGUGUCACUGCUUGCCUGGUCGAAUAGUUACAGACGGACGUCAUGUCACCGGUACAUUGACGUACGAUUAGCAGGAUACGUCGACUAACUGUUUCUGGUGGUCAGGGUAUCUGCUUUGCCUGGUCGAAUAGUUACAGACGGACGUCAUGUCACCGAUACAGUGACGUACGAUUAGCAGGAAACGUCGACUAACUGUUUCUGGCGGUCAGACGCGCCGAUUUGAUUGGUGACUGUUAUCAUGUCCACAUUAAGCAUAUGAUGCUCAUGCAGUCAGUCCUUGCCUGGUUGAACAUUUACAGACCGAAGUCAUGUCACUACAAUAUUGCACAGGGCUUAGUUGAACCACAAAUGAAUACAAUUCACAGUCAUAUUUUAUGCUGUUUUGAUUACAUUAUAGAUCCACCAGACCAGGAAAAGCUCGAAGCUUCAUAUAUCAGUACAGGGGUAUUAGCAGGAGCGACAGCAGGAACCUUUCUUCUUAUCCUGCUCAUUGAAGGGACUGUUCUAAUUGUGCUGUACCGAAAGGGGUACAGAGUUGGAAACAUUCUGAAAGGAGCUUCACGAAAAAGCUCCAGUCAUCCUGAACCUGUGGAAAUGGACAACAGAGGAUAUUCUUCAUUAGAUCAGAUCGCGGCUCCAGCGCAGUAUUCAAACAUGGAGGAGGAAUCAGAAAAACAACAGUACACCCAGUUGAAGAUUUAUGAAAAUACAAAAGCAGAUGAUGCAGCUGACAGAAGUACCUAUGAGGGCGUGACAGAGACUCCCCCUGUGACCUAUGAGUCCAUCAGUGUAUGGACAUACCAGAACACUGGAGCACAUUCUCCAGGUCUUGACCAUGGAAAUAACUAACGAAGCACACGAGUAUACUACAUCAUAAUCGGUUUCAGUUAUGGAUAAAAUAUUCGUUCAAUCCAGUGCACUACUGCUUUGAAGCAAACGUCUGUGUUAUUUUCUUUAUUUUAAAGCAAGUUCAAUCCAAAUUAGUUAUGGUCGUGUCAUCCUUGUCAAUUGUAUAUGAUUGAAUAUUUUACAUGCAUUAGGUGAUCACGUACAAAGACAUACGUAUAUAUAUGGAGCCAGAAAACUAGAAAAUUACUUUGUCAGUUAUGACUGAUACUGAGCGGACUCAGUCAUGGUUCAGGGAAGGAACAGAACAGCUGGUAGAGCCGAUAUCCAGUCAUACUGGGGUGACUGUGAAACAGAGAUGAUAGUCUGGUUAUCUGCGUGAUAUGGUGCCGGGGUUGUGUGUAAUGCCCGACAGAACACUUUCUCAUGGUGCCCUGACAACUAUACAAGAACUCGGCAAUGCUCACAGUGAGGGGCAAUCAUCUUUAUAGGACUCUUAUUGGGAGCCUAAAACAACAUGGGGCACCUAAGGUUUUUGGUGUAUCAGAUGGAUCGCACACGCGCAACUGACAGUUUGUCUUUUUGGACAAGGAAUUUGUUACUGUGACUUUCUAUCGUUUCAGAUUUGGUGAGAAACUUUCACUGUGACGGUUGAUCGGAGUUUGCUAUUUCUAAAUAUAUGCAUAAUUUCAUGCAUGAUUAAAGUGGGGAAUCAGAGCAAACAUUGAUUAGUUAUUAGUUAAGGAUGUUGCAUUGAGCAACUGUCACAACGCAAAUUUGAUUUCACGGACAUCAGUUACACAAACAGCUUCCAUCUUUACAUUUGGACAUCAUCCCAGACACCCUCGCCAUGAUAUUGCUGGAAUAUUGUUAAAAGCGGCGUAAAACCAUAUCCACUCACUUAUCCCAGACGCCCUCUGACCGAGGGAUCAGGUGAUUGGCAAAUGUGUCUUCAACAGGAAAAACAGUUGUUGUCAUAAAUAUACUGGACAAAAUAAGUUAGGGAUAUUGGUAUUUUUCUGCUUGAUAUUUUAUCAGUGUGUCAAUGAAUAAAUAGAUCAUUAUUCAUAAUUUCAAAAUGUACAUAUAUCCCUAACUAUUUUUGUCCAGUAUAUCAAUACCGUAAUGAUCUGGUGUUUGACUGUCAACGCAAUGAGGUUUUAUGUCUAUGCAAUAAAUAUGCCUAUAUAUAAUGUCUAAAUAGGUGUUUAGUUACCACCUAAAUGGGAACCAAUGUCCGAGAACAUGGCACGAAUAACAUUUCUAAACUAUAGAAAUACAAUGGGGAAUCUUCAGUCUCAUCCUCGUCACACAUCGGCUUCCAUAUGAAUUUUCUCUGGGAGUUCUAUACGAAGAAGGCAACCAGGAUAACUCGACAAAUAACAAGCUACAAGUCAACACAAGUCGGAAGUGAAUUACAAAUGACAACAACAACCCGAUGUAUAUCACCCAGCAAACCCAUACACAAUUAUCAGUUAAAAACCUAUGUUUUCAGUAACCAGUGACGUUUCACAUUCAUACACCAGAGAAAUGGAACAAACAAUCUGAACCUCGUCACAUCGGCUUUCAUAUCAGUUUACUGUGGGAGUACUGUAACAAGCUGACAACCAGGAAACUCCCCAAAUAACAAACCGCGUAACCAACACAACUCGGAAGUGAAUUACAAAUGACAAUAGCAUCAUGAUGUAUAUCACCCAAUAAAGCCAUUCACAGUUA